AUGGCUGCUAGCCUGGCAGAGACCUGCAAAGCUGUGGUGGAGCAUGGGGAGGAGAAUCCAGACCUCUUGCUGCUCCUCUGCUUGGAGGAGCUGAUAGGUGCUAGGCAUGUGGUAAAGGACCUGACAAAGUACCUCGAUCCGAGCGGACUUGGAGUCAUCAGCUUCGAAGAUUUCCAUCGGGGGAUCAGAGCUAUCAAAAAUGGAGAUCCUGACAGCCAGUUGUAUGAUAUGGGUUAUACCCCUGAGGAGGAAGCCCCAGCCUGUCCUGAUGAGUUUGAUGACUUUGUCACGUUUGAGGCAAAUGAGGUGACUGACAGUGCUUACAUGGGCUCAGAGAGCACGUACAGCGAGUGCGAAACCUUCACGGAUGAAGACACCAGCACACUAGUACAUCACGAGAUGCACGACGAAGUAGAAACAGACAGUGCCAUCGACUCCACCGUGCACUCGGAGUUCACGGAUCCCAUUGAGGAGCCGGAGCAUGGAUCCCAUCCGCACGACCUGCCCCUGGGCUCGGACCUCAGCCACUCCAUCGUUACGGUCAUUAGCGGAGAGGAACAUUUUGAGGAUUACGGAGAAGGGAAUGAAGCAGAUUUGUUCUCGGACGGCUUGUGUAAUGGGGAAAGCAGCUUUAAUAGCUCCUCGUUCCUCUCUCCCAGCACCAAUCCGCUCGCUGCGAAACUGCACAGCAUUAUCGCAGAUGAAGCAUUUGAGUUUUACUGUAGCCAGUGCCACAAACAAAUCAACCGCCUCGAGGAUCUUUCUGCUCGCCUGAAUGAUCUUGAAAUGAAUAGUCCAAAUAAAAGACUCUCAAGCAAGAAGGUGGCAAGACAGUUGCAUCAGACAAGCACACUGUCCGUGGGGGUGAUGGAGGAGUCUUACCGGGAUACACUGGAGUGUACAGAAGAGGACAUCACAGACAAGGUGGUCUUUCUGGAGAAGCGGGUGACGGAGCUGGAGAAGGACACAGCUGCUAAUGGUGAGCAGCACAGCCGCCUCAAGCAGGAAAACCUGCAGCUCGUGCACAGAGCAAAUGCUCUUGAGGAACAGCUGAAGGAGCAGGAGCUGAGAGCUGACCAAACACUCCUGGAGGAGAUCAAGAAGCAGAGGGAGCUGCUGAGCAAAAUGGAGAGGGAGAAGAGCAUUGAGAUUGAGAACCUACAGGCCAGGCUGCAGCAACUGGAUGAUGAGAACAGCGAGCUAAGAUCCUGUGUCCCUUGUUUAAAAGCUAACAUUGAAAGACUUGAGGAGGAGAAGCAGAAGCUGCUGGAUGAGAUUGAAGACCUCACUGUGCAGCUCACAGAGGAGCAGGAGAAAAAGAGGAAGAUGGGGGACAGGCUGAGUCAGGAGAGGCACCAGUUUCAGAAGGAGAAGGAGUCGACGCAGGAGCUCAUUGAGGACCUCAGGAAACAGCUCGAGCACUUGCAACUCUUCAAACUGGAAGCUGAGCAGCGAAGAGGCAGGAGUAGCAGCAUGGGGCUCCAGGAGUACAACAGCAGGACGCGAGAGACGGAGCUGGAGCAAGAGAUCAAGCAGCUCAAGCAGGAUAACAGGAACCUGAAGGAGCAGAACGAUGAACUGAACGGACAGAUCAUUAACUUGAGCAUCCAGGGAGCCAAGAACCUCUUCUCAGCCUCCUUCUCUGAAUCCCUGGCAGCAGAGAUCAGCUCGGUCUCCAGAGACGAGCUCAUGGAAGCAAUUCAAAAGCAAGAGGAGAUCAACUUCCGCCUGCAGGAUUACAUCGACAGGAUUAUUGUGGCCAUCAUGGAGACGAACCCCUCCAUCCUGGAAGUUAAGUAAGGGCGGCCGAGAGCCGCCGGCUGUGCGCUCGUCGAUGGGUGUGGAUUUGGUGCUCUGAGAGGAUAAAGAGGGACUGGAAACGUCUUUGCUCUUGAUGAAGGCACAAGGAAGCAUCGCGUC